ACGAAGUGUACCCGCAAGUAGGUACCUAGUCAUUCAUUUCUCAUCGGGUAGCCCUAUAUCGGCAGUUCCCGUCUUUUUUCUUUUAUAUUUUCACCUCAUUCUUUUGACACCGCUACGGUACUUCCACUCCUUACUCGGCCGCGGCAAUGGUCCAUUUACGUACGACCGUAAUACACGCUCUCUUGGCUGUGACAUCGAUAUGGCAUGGUCGCGUUGCUGCCGGACCGGCUCGGUCUGUAGGUGCGCGGCACCUAGGCAGCAAUGCGCAAGCCAUCUCUUCACCAGGCACUGACCGGCAAUUCGAAGCGUGACCGGCGAUCCGCCCUGGAGCUCAAGGCAGAGGAAACACUCUAUUGGGGUGGUGAAGAUGGCACCGUGGCAAAGCUUCGGAUUGAGACGCCCGAUGAGACCGAGAACGUAGUCAACCUCGAACUCAUUGAUGACAUGGUCCGCCAAGUCACAUGUCCGUCCACCGGUUCGGGCACACUCAAGCUGCAGUUCCUCGAAGAGGCCGACUUCGACGAUGCCCAAGACAUUUGGCAGUGGGUAAAUCAGGGUGCCGAUAACCACUUCCUCUUGCUGGUCGGCGCGGGAGCCUGCGGCUGGAACGCGGAGCGCAUCCCUUACAACGUCACGGGACUCGUGUACAACGACGAGGUCGAAACUGCGGUGCUACAGGUUCAGCAGACAACGUGGAAGCAGGCAGUCCAUACCUUCGACCUGACCAUGGGUUACGCCGCCGUCCCAGCCAACACGGACGCAACCCCCGCCACCCGACGCCGCCACCACCCAAGCAUCCCGGGUGAAGACGUUGCCAACCAAGCGGCGGACAAGACUUCCUCCACAACCAACACCAUCUCAACCAACACAACCAAGGCCGCACCCGCCGCCAUCUCCAACCUCGCCCCAGCCACCAACCCCAACAACAACAACCACAACAACAACAACCACAACAACAACCCAUUCUCCACCGCCGCCCUCUCCCUCUCACCCGCCUUCACCAUCCCCCUAACCACAAACCUCACCUCCCCCGAAACCAUCUCCUUCACCCUCCCCGACCCAGCACCCCUCACCCUCUCCGCAACCUGCCUCGACUGCCACACCUCAGGCUCCCUCGCCGUGCAAGCACACUUUUCCGCGCGCUGGUUCGAGCUCACCGCCGCCGCCAUCGAAGUCUCCCUACCCGACGACCUCACCGCGACCGCCGUGCUGGGGCUGAGCCUCAAGGGGGAGGUCGUCGAGCCCGUGUCGCGCAGCGUGCCGCUCUUUGAGCUCGCGCCGGGCGGCGUGGCGAUUCCGGGGAUUGUCACGCUCGGGCCGACGGUCGGGGUGAGUUUGGGGAUGGAGGUGGGCGGGGUGAAGGGCGGGGUGGCGGUUACGAUGGGGGGUACGGCGGUUGUGGAGGGGGGGUCGGUGGCGAGGUUGGAUUUCUUGAAUGGGGAUGAUGUGGCCGGGGCGGAGGGGUGGGGGGUGGAGUUUCGGGGGGGGGAGUUCAAGGCGGAUGCGUCGGUUGAGACGAGGGCGGCGGUGUUUUUGAGGGCGGCUGUGGGGGUCGAGGUGAGCGUGUUUGAGACCGGGUUUGCGGCCGAGCUGAGGGCGGAUGCACCGACGCUGUCGGCCACGCUGAAGGCUGUGACUUCCUCAAACUGCACCGUGUGCGGGGAAUUCCAGAAUGGGCUUCAGGGAAGCCUCAACUUUGGGACAUCCAUCGGUGCUAGUCUGACGAAGAAAGUCGCGGGGACGGAGUCACCAUUGUGGAGCGUAAACUUUGCGGAAGCUAACACGCCUGCAAUUGCGGAAUUCUGUCAGGGCUUCGGACCCCAGGGAGAGUGUCCAGCAGUGGCGUAAUCCAUUCAACGGGAAGAGGCCACGGCUCCGUAUUUGGUGUCGACCGAGACGAAACGACGUUUGCGGAUUUUCUUUUCAUGAUACAUAAUACAAAGCAUACUGGCUGUUGCUAUUAAUAGUUCUGAGUUUCUUAUUCGAGCCGCUUGCCUAAAUCAACC